UGGCUCCCUCAGCUGCUUUCAUUUGCCCUGUGUGCAGUGUGCAGUGUGGACAGGGCUAGGCUGAGCUGGGCUGUGUUGAAGACAUAUAGUGGAUCUGUAUAGUGAAUUUGUGAGAACUACAGAAGGAGUGUCUCAGUAAAGACUCUGUUUCCCAAACUAAUUGGAUUAGGAACUGGAACAUUCUGGACCAGUUUUUCUACACUAACUUAAGACAGAGCUCUAAGCGAGGGGAGGCUCGAAGAGAGAAAAUAGAAAACCAUACAGAAAGUCAACACUGGAGAACUGCUGGAGCAGAGACCCACGUCAAGGCUGAUCUCUAGCCCAGGUCCCCUCACUCACCCUGGGAUCGUUAUGGUGGGACUCCUCCUGCCUCUGACCUCCAACACUGGGGUGAUGUUAUGUGUCUCUGGAACCCCUGACCCCUAACCCCUGAACCUAGGACAGAUUCUGGUAAGGCUUUGCGAAUUACUGUCUUCUGGAGGACUGGUGCUUCAGGGACCUGUCUGGCCUCUUUCUCCCUUGGAUCAUGGCCUCUCUCUGGGGCACGGUGGUGCUGCUGUGUGGGGUUGUGGCUCUCUCUGGAGCCCAGCAGAAAAAGAGCAAUGUUCCCCGGCUAAAACUCUCUUACAAAGAGAUGUUGGAGUCUAAUAACUUGGUGACGUUUGAGGGCCAGGUGAAUAGCUCUGCCUACCACACGUUCCUAUUGGACGAGGAGAAGGGUCGUCUGGUGGUGGGAGCCAAGGACCACAUCUUCUCCUUCAACCUAGUCAACAUCAGCAGAGAUAUGGCACAGAUCCCGUGGCCUGCCUCCACCUCCAGAAGAGACGAGUGUAAAUGGGCAGGAAAGGACCUCAUGAGUGAAUGCUCUAAUUUCAUCAAGGUGUUACAGCCAUUUAACCAGACCCAUCUGUAUGUAUGUGGAACCGGAGCCUUCCACCCUGUCUGUGCCUACCUGGAGGUGGGGAAGAAACUAGAGGACAGUGUGUUCAGGCUGGAGCCCCAGAUAGAGAACGGUCGAGGGAAGAGCCCUUAUGACCCCAAGCUGCUCACAGCAUCCAUGCUCAUUGAUGGAGAACUGUAUUCUGGGACGUCAGCUGACUUCAUGGGGAGAGACUUUGCCAUUUUCCGUACGCUGGGACAGCAUCACCCAAUCAGAACAGAGCAACACGACUCUCGCUGGCUGAACGACCCCAGGUUUGUGAGUGUCCAUCUGAUCCCAGAGAGUGACAACCAAGAGGAUGACAAGAUCUACCUGUUCUUCAGAGAGAACGCUAUGGAUGGGGAACACGCAGGGAAGGCUACUCAAGCACGCAUCGGACAGCUCUGCAAGAAUGACUUUGGAGGCCACAGGAGUCUAGUGAACAAGUGGACCACGUUCCUGAAGGCCAGACUGGUCUGUUCUGUACCUGGACUCAACGGCAUAGACACUCACUUUGACGAACUACAGGAUGUGUUUCUGAUGAGCUCUAAGGAUCCCAAAAAUCCCAUUAUCUAUGCAGUGUUCACUACAUCCAGUAACAUCUUCAAGGGUUCAGCAGUGUGUCUGUACAGCAUGGCAGACAUCAGACGGGUGUUUCUAGGUCCCUACGCCCACAGAGACGGCCCUAACUACCAGUGGGUUCCCUUCCAGGGACGGGUACCAUACCCACGGCCCGGAACGUGCCCCAGCAAGACGUUUGGUGGAUUUGAUUCGACAAAGGACUUGCCCGAUGAUGUCAUAACAUUUGCCAGAGGUCACCCGGCGAUGUUUAACCCUGUCUACCCCAUCAACAACCGACCAAUCAUAGUCAAGACGGACACAGACUACCAGUUCACACAGAUAGUGGUGGACAGAGUGGAGGCUGAGGACGGACAGUACGACGUCAUGUUCAUAGGCACAGAUAUGGGGACAGUGCUGAAGGUGGUGUCCAUCCCCAGAGGGUCCUGGCAUGACCUGGAGGAGAUUCUACUGGAGGAGAUGACUGUGUUCAGGGAACAAGCUGCUAUUACAGUGAUGAAACUCUCUACAAAGCAGCAACAGUUGUACCUCGGCUCAGAGCUGGGUGUAUCCCAGAUGCCUUUGCAUCGCUGUGAGGUGUACGGGAAGGCCUGUGCUGAGUGCUGUCUGGCUAGAGACCCUUACUGUGCAUGGGACGGGACCGAGUGCUCACGAUACUUUCCCAUGGCCAAGAGGAGGACAAGGAGACAGGACAUCAGGAACGGAGACCCUUUAACCCAGUGUUCAGAUCUGCAGCAUCAAGAUAACCUGAAUGGGCAGCCCACGGUGCUGGAUAAGACCGUGUAUGGCGUGGAAAACAGCAGUACGUUCCUAGAGUGUAGCCCCAAGUCCCAGAGAGCACUCACCUACUGGCAGUACCAACAAGCCAACGAUGACCGAAGACGAGACAUCAAAACAGAGGAUCGUUUUGUAUGUACGGAGCAGGGCUUGCUGAUCCGCACGUUGGACAAGAAGGAUUCUGGGAUGUAUGUGUGCCAGGCAGUCGAACACGGCUUCAUGCAGACGCUCCUAAAGGUCACCCUGGAGGUCAUCGACACUGAACGGCUCGACGAUCUCAUUCAUCGUGAUGACGAAGACGCCGCACACACCGCUACCACACACACCACCGCCCGGGACACGUCCACAGCCCGGGAAUCGCCCAAUCAGAAGCUUUGGUACCGUGACUUCCUGUCGUUAGUGAACCACCCAACCCUGAAUAGCGUGGAUGAGUUCUGUGAGCAGGUGUGGAAGAGGGAGAGGAAGCAGAGGAGGCAGAAAUCAAACCUAUCCCAACAGGUCCAGCUACACCAGCAACAGCAGCAGCAGGGCCUCGUGCACGCUCACACCCACGUGCACGCCCACGGCCUGGCGGCCAAAUGGAAACACCUGCAGGAGAGGCAGAAGGGCCGCAACCGCCGGACCCACGAACUGGAGAGAGCCCCCCGCAGCGUCUGACCUCUCACCCACUGAAUCCCAUGACCCUCCAACCCCAAACCCACAUACCCUUUCCUCGUUCACGAACAACCUCCGAACCUCCUCCCCUGCCUCUUCUGCCCCAUACAGAGAUAAAGACUCAUUCCACACUGACUUUGUACAGAGAAUCUCAACUGGAAACAAAGGCAAUAUCCCGCCCUGGUCGAUGUGUAGGCUGCGUGGGCACCCAUGUUUACAGUGACACGGCACAGAGACACAGGAUGAUACAGUACUAUUAUAUUCUAUUAUCUCAGCUGGCCUCUGUGGCCCCAGCACCAUGGAGGGACAGUGUCAGCCAACAUGAGGACUGGACUUCAUGUAAUUACAUGCUCUCUCUACUAUUGAAUAACCUAAUGAAAACAUGGCUCUGUCUCCGCAGUAGCACGGCUUUGUAUAGCUCAUCGUUGUUGUCCACCCAGAUUUAGUGGGUAUCUUCUAUUAACAGCCACUAUCUUAGAACAAGGGAUGACAGUGUUUGAUGACAUACAUGAUUGAGCAGGGAUGUACCUUAUGUGUGUAUCACAAGGACAAUUAUAAUAUACAGGUCAUGUAAAGCACAGCGGUUUGAUGUUGAGAAGAUUCUAUGCGAUAUGAAGAGUUCUGAGGAGAGAGGAGGAUGCCCGAGGACUACAAGAAAAUAAAUUCAGUAGCCAUGGAUUUAUAACUAAAGAUGUUAUUCUAACUUAAAUCAGACAUGUAAAUAUGCUUUGAUACAUUCUUGUACUAAAGGGAAUGGUUUGCGGGUUUCUUGUUACAUGAUGCUGUUUCACCAUAAACAAUUGAAUUUAGCAGUAGGUUAAAAAAGUAUCCAACAAGAUUAUGAAAGUGAUUGUGUUCAGUGUAUAUAUAAUCUCUCCCUUCCAAGACACAAAUGUUUUCAUGUUUAUCUUUUUGAGUUGUUCAGAGCCCUGUAUGAAAUAUGUUACACAGUUGAAGUUGACUUCAUAUUAAAUAUUGUCUUCAGUUUAUGUUUCAGUCAAACCACUGCAUCCCAGCUUAACUAUUCAUUCUGUGUCGCUGAAGCGUUAAAGUUUGCGUGAUAGAAAUGUAAGGUCAUGAUGACAUAUGCAGUGUUUACCGUGAAUGCAGUUUCCGCCAAUGUGGGAACAUUGACUUUGAAUUUCAAUCAUGCUGUAACACUGAACGUCCUCGGUUCGGAUAGAAUAGAACCCGAAAACUUUGACGUCUCUGCAUCGACUCUGUCACAUGUUGUUCAAAUGAAUAAAUUACUCAAUUUGCAUACAAAACUUGUUUUCCAAUGCACACAUAUAUGUACAUUGUGAAAAAAAUAUUUGAUAUAAGUUGAUCUAUUUCAGAAAACAUUUUGCAACAUCUAUUUUUAUUGUUUUCUAUCAUUAUAACCCUGUUGUUACUUUAUGAUAACGCCUACAUGUAGGGUGCAUUCGGAAAGUAUUCAGACCCCUUGACUUCUUCCACAUUCUGUUACUUUACAGCCAUAUUCUAAAAUUGUUUCAAUUGUGUUUUUUCCUCAUCAAUCUACACACGAUACCCCAUAAUCACAUAGCAAAAACUGAAAUAUAACAAGUACUGGUAUUACGCAGUACUUUGUUGAAGCACCUUUGACAGCGAUUACAGCCUUGAGUCUUCUUGGGUAUGCUGCUACAAGCUUGGCACACCUGUAUUUGGGGAGUUUCUCCCAUUCUUCUCUGCAGAACCUCUCAAGCUCUAUCAGGUUGGAUGGGGUGCGUCGCUGCACAGCUAUAUUCAGGUCUCUCCAGAGAUGUUAGUCCGGGCUCUGUCUGGGCCACUCAAGGACAUUCAGAGACUUGUCCCAAAGCCACUCCUACGUUGUCUUGGCUGUGUGCUUAGGGUCAUUGUCUUGUUGGAAUGUGAACCUUAUCCCCAGUCUGAGCGCUCUGGAGCAGGUUUUCACUAAGGAUCUAUCUGUACUUUGCUCCGUUCAUCUUUUCCUCGAUCCUGACUAGUCUCCCAGUCCCUGCAGUUGACAAACAUCCCAUAAGACGCUUCCACCACCAUGCUUCACCAUUGGGAUGAUGGUGCCAGGUUUCCUCCAGAUGUGACCCUUGGCAUUUAAGCCAAAUAGUUCAAUCUUGUUUUUUUCAGACCAGAGAAUCUUGUUUCUCAUGGUCAGAGAUUCUUUAGGUGCCUUUUGACAAGCUCGAAGCGGGCUGUCAUGUGCCUUUUACUGAGGAGUGGCUUCCAUCUGGCCACUCUACCAUAAAGGCCUGAUUGGUGGAGUGCUGCAGAGAUGGUUGUCCUUCUGAAAGGUUCUCCCAUCUCUACAGAGGAACUCUGGAACUCUGUCAGAGUGACCAUCGGGUUCAUGGUCACCUCCCUGAUCAAGGCUCUUCUCUCCCGAUUGCUCAGUUUGGCCGGACGGCCAGCUCUAGGUAGUCUUGCUGGUUCCAAACUUCUUCCAUUUAAGAUUGAUGGAGACCAGUGUUUUUAGGGACCUUCAAUGCUGCAGACAUGUUUUGGUACCCAUCCCGAGAUCUGUGCCUCGACACAAUCAUGUCUUGGAGCUCUACGGAGAAUUAUUUUGACUUCAUGCCUUGUUUUAGCUUUGUCAUUAUGGGGUACUGUGUGCAGAUUGAUGAGGGGAAAAAAGCAAAUUAAUACAUUUUAGAAUAAGGCUGUUACGUAACAAAAUGUGGAAAAAGUCAAGGGAUCUGAAUACUUUCCGAAUGCAAUGUAACAUGUACAUGCUGGCAAACAGGACCAACCAACAGAGCAAAUACUUUCCAUUCAUUAAAAAACGACCACUGGUGUUUUUUGGGUCAUGCAGGCUUCUAUUACAAUAGUUAGCAUACCACUAAUGUACCGUAUAUGUCCAUGUCAGACUGCAAAUGUACUACAUAGCGUACCAUACUCUUCCAGCAAAAUACAGGUAUUGUGUUCAUUUCCAGGAGCAUAGUGUAUCUGUUCGUCUAUGUAUUUUCAGCAGAAUCACUACAGUAUGUACUUUACAUAUGUUUUCUAUGUACUUCAGGAUGUGUUUCAUUUUGGAAUAUCUCAACAGAGACAGACACAGUGAACCUGGAAUGUAGUUGUGAACAUAACAUACACAUUGAAGAGUAAAUCCUAUGGUCCAACAGUAUGACACUGUGCUAAUUGCAUGUGAAUGCCAUUCUAGUGUACCGUUGUUUAUAUAACUGUGUAAUGUUUCAUGUUGUAUCUGAUGGUAUGCUCUUAGCUUAGAGGCAGUACAUGUUAACCUGUUCCUGAGGUGUAAAUACUCGAUUUUCAGUAGGAAAUAUAAGGCACACAAUCGAUUACUGGAAAUACUGACAUACUUUGAAGAACACUUAAGUAGUGCAUAACUGAAGUACUCAGACUUUAGUUUUACCAUACCAGAGUUCCUAUUUUAGAACCGGUAUUCUUCAGUAUAAAAGGUGCUGGUUCUCUGUACCGGUCAUCUCCAGCCAACUUCAACCACUAGCAGGACUGCUGAGUGUAGAUGAGGGAGUAAACUGCUGCUGCUGUAUUGACUGUGUUUGGGCAUGAUGAUGAUGAUGAUGAUGUACUCUACUGUUCUAAUAAAAAUCAAUUCCUAAA